AUGCUAUUGUUUCAGGUGAAGUACUAUGAUGGCAUUCUAAUUUUAACAACAAACCGGGUUGGUACAUUUGACGAGGCUUUCAAGUCGCGAAUUCAUCUAGCAUUGCGAUACUCGAAUCUCGACGAGGACCAGCGUGUUGAAAUCUGGCGUAAUUUUAUCCGGAUGCUCGCUAAAACCAAGGAACGGGUCGAUAUUGACGAUCUAGAACUUAAUGUCCACAAACUAGCACAGGUCGAGCUAAAUGGCCGUCAGAUUCGGAAUGUCAUCACUCUAGCAAGGUAUUUGGCGAAGUUUCGCAAGCAAAUGCUAGUGUACAAGCACGUCCAGGAUGCCUUUGCCUCGGUCGUGAAGUUUGACGAGUAUCUCAACAAACUUCGAGGUUCUGAUGAUCGGUGGGCCACCGAGUCGAGACUACGAUAG